CAAAAAUUAGAAGACGAAAAAUUGACAGACAAAAUUAUUGACAAAUUUCAGUUUUUCAAUUUCUAACAUUGAUAGCUAAUCUGUAUUCUAGUUAUCUAGUAGUAGUAGAUAAUAGAAAAUCUCACUUCAAGAGCUUGCAUUGCAUCCAUGAAUAAUAUGGAUUUCUCAUUCACACUCUUUCUUCUAGUAUUGGCCUUUUCAUUCAAAUCUUCAUCUUCUUUUUUAUCAUCAUUGAGAAAGGGUUCAUCCAUCUCAGUAGAAAAUCCACAAGACCAAAUCAUCUCACAAAAUGGCAUGUUCUCUGCUGGUUUUACUUCCAUUGGUGAAAAUUCAUAUUCCUUUGCCAUAUGGUUCACAGAACCAACUUCCCUUGACCUCAACAAGACCAUCAUUUGGAUGGCGAAUCGCGACCAACCGGUUAACGGAAAACGAACCAAACUUUCCCUUUUAAACACAGGAAACAUUGUAUUGCUUGAUGUUUCAUUAAACAAUGUUUGGUCUUCAAACACUGCAUCAUUGAAACCAUUAGAAUUGCAUCUCAAAAAUGAUGGAAAUCUUGUGUUGCGUGAGCUUCAAGGAAUCAACAUUUUGUGGCAGAGUUUUGACUCUCCAACAGAUACUCUCCUUCCAGGUCAACCUCUUACAAGAUAUACAAAGCUUGUAUCUUCAAUAAGUGAGAGUAAUCAUUCUUCUGGCUUCUAUAUGUUCUUCUUUGAUGAUGAAAACAUUCUCGGUCUUCAUUACGACGGUCGCGAUGUUUCUAGCUCUUAUUGGCCAAGUCCUUGGCUGCUAAGUUGGGAUGUUGGCAGAUCUAAUUUCAAUAGUAGCAGAAAUGCAGUGUUGGAUUCUUUUGGUAGUUUCCAUUCAUCAGAUAAUUUCACUUUUUCAACUUCUGAUUAUGGAACUGUUCUGCAAAGAAUGAUGAAAUUGGAUUCUGAUGGUGUUGUGAGAGUGUAUAGCAGAACGAAUGUGUCACAGAAUUGGUAUGUUUCAUGGCAAGCCUUUACAGGUACUUGUUUAGUUCAUGGAAUUUGUGGAGCUAAUAGUACAUGUAGUUAUAGUCCUAAGAUUGGAAGAAAAUGCUCUUGUAUUCCAGGGUAUAGAAUGAACAAUCCUAAUGAUUGGUCUUAUGGUUGUGAACCUAUGUUUGAUUUCACUUGCAAUAAAAGUGAGUCAACAUUUUUAGAGAUAAAAAAUGUUGAGUUUUAUGGCUAUGAUUUUCAUUAUAUUGAAAUUUGUAACUAUAGUGCUUGUUUGGAUUUAUGCAUACAAGAUUGUAAUUGCAAAGCAUUUCAACACUCAUAUUGGGAGAAAAAAGGCUUGUAUAGGUGUUUUACAAAAACACAAUUGCAAAAUGGAAGGUUUUAUCCAAGCUUUAAAGGAUCGACGUACUUGAGAUUGCCUAAAGGUAGUACCUUCUCUAAAAGAGAAUCUUCCGAUCCAAGUGACGAUAUUUGUUCAGAAAAACUUCAAAGAGUUUAUGUCAAAGAAAGUGAAAACCAUUUCGUGAAGUUUUUUCUAUGGUUUGCCACCGCGAUUGGAGCUUUAGAAACCGUCUUCAUUUUCUCCGUUUGGUGUUCCUUGUUUAGGUCACGCCAAAAGACUUAUGCAGACCAACACGGCUACCAUCUAGCGGAAUUAGGGUUUAGAAAAUACAGUUACUUAGAGCUAAAGAAAGCAACAAAAGGGUUCAGCCAAGAGAUUGGAAGAGGUGGAGGAGGUGUUGUAUACAAAGGCAUAUUAUCUGAUGGAAGACAUGCUGCAAUAAAGAGACUUUACAAUGCACAACAAGGUGAAGGUGAAUUUCUAGCUGAAGUAGGAAUCAUUGGAAGGCUUAAUCACAUGAAUUUGAUCGAAAUGUGGGGAUAUUGCGCUGAGGGAAAAUAUAGACUAUUGGUUUACGAGUACAUGGAAAAUGGUUCUUUAGCCGAAAACUUAUCGGCUAAUAAACUUGAUUGGAGUAAAAGGUACAAAAUUGCUUUAUCAAUAGGAAGAGUUUUAGCAUAUCUACAUGAAGAAUGUUUGGAAUGGAUUUUACAUUGUGAUAUAAAGCCGCAAAAUAUACUUCUUGAUUCUAACUUCGAACCCAAGUUAGCGGAUUUUGGAUUGUCUAAGCUGCAAAACAGAAACAAUCUCAACAAUUCAAGUGUAUCUAUGAUUAGAGGAACAAGAGGGUAUAUGGCCCCAGAAUGGAUUUUCAAUUUGCCAAUAACAUCUAAAGUAGAUGUUUAUAGCUAUGGAAUAGUUGUAUUGGAAAUGAUAACAGGAAAAAGUCCAACUACAGGUUUCAAGAUUGUUAAUGGAGAAGAGGAAAGUGAUGGGAGGUUGGUUACAUGGGUGAGAGAAAAAAGAGGCGGUAACAUAUCUUGGUUAGAGGAAAUUGUUGACUCUCAAAUUGGAUUAAAUUAUGAUAAAAGUAAAAUGGAGAUUAUGGCUAAAGUUGCUUUGGAUUGUGUUGUGGAUGAUAGAGAUUCAAGGCCUACAAUGAGUAGAGUAGUUGAGAUGCUUCAAUACCAUGGAAGUGAUAUUUAGUUAUGUACUCUCUUCGGUCACUGUCAUGUAAAAAUUGAUUUUUUAGGUUCAUUCAAUAAAUGAUGUAAGUGGUCUAUAUAUAGACUACAUACGUCAUUUAUUGAAUGAAUAUAAAAAGUGAACUUUUACUUAUAAUAGUGACUGGAAGAAGUAUGCUACAAAUACAGUACCUUCUCAUUAUUAUGUUUUAAUGUCAUUCUUAAAAUUUCAUAGCUAGAGAUAUGUGAAGAAUGUAAAUUUUAUUAUUAUUAUUAUUAUUAUUAUAUGUGAA